AUGCACGUACCACAAAGGGCUGUACAGGUUUUAGCCAGACAAGCUCUUCAAAAACGCUCCUACCACAGCAGCCUAACGACAAGCACCUACAACGACCUGCCAUCACCUGCUGGUAGCUGGCAGACCCAAUUUGAAUCCCAGCAGCGUAAAUACAAUACCAUAUUAGCAGCUGGAUUGGCCGUUUUCGCUGGUUCUUUACUUGUCGGUAAAGCUUCUGGGAUGUUUGAAUUCUACAAUCAUUACCCUGACAGGCCAGCCACCAUUGAAACCUACAAGCCUUAA